GGUUUUUCGGGAGUAUUUUUCCAUUGCUGCUUGCCUCAUUGCACUACUGGUUUGCUUAAGAAGCAACAGAGGAAGUGCGUUUUCUUAAAAUAUAUCGUGUAAUUUUAAGGAAAUCGUGAAGUGUCAGCUUUUUUCAACAUCCUUUUGGUGAAGUUAAUAGGAGUGAAAUAAAUGUACCUGUAUUACAGUCUUUACUUCCUGUGUAACACAAAGAAACAUUCAGUGCAACAUGUCGCUCAACAGUCUCAAGAACGACUUCAACUCACGUGUAGCAUACUUGAAAAAGCUUUUGGGACGCAACGAUAAUACUUCGCUUCCUUUUUGCAACUGCGAGUAUCCACCAGUGACAAGAUCGCGUCACACCGCCAGGAAAAUAGAACGUUGCAAGUGCGGUGAAGAUACAUCCACUCAGCUCGACUGGACCUGGGAAGAUGAGGGCGAGCGACCAGAGCGAAAAAUAAUCAACGGAACGGAAAUUCUGUUCCAUCCUGUGUACAGCCAAGGAACGGCAGUAGUUCGAGGAACGUUACCACUGCAGUCCGGCAUGCAUCACUACUGGGAGAUCAAAGUACUCAGUGGUCUAUCCGGAACUGAUAUAAUGCUUGGAAUAGGAACUGACAAAGUGGACCUGCAAGCAAAUCUGUUCAAAUUCGUCAGUGUGCUUGGCAUGGACGACCAAUCCUGGGGAUAUUCCUACCGUGGCCUUACUCAGCACAAUGGUCAGUUGAAGCACUAUGGAAAGAAAUUUAGUCAGGGUCGAAUCAUUGGUAUCUACGUUGACAUGUAUCGAGGAAUACUAGAGUUCUACCUGAACCGUCGAUCACAGGGUCGAGCCUACAUAAACAUUCCACAUGAUGAUAACGCAUGCAUUUAUCCCAUGGUCUGUUCAACUUCUGCCAAAUCAUCACUUAAAUUAAUAAAUGCCGCCGCGUUUGCUAAUAGUCUCGUAUUUAGUUGUAUGAAAGUGAUAUGCAAAUAUCCAAAACUGUUGAAACAGGCGAAUGCCAUACCUGGACUUAAAAAAAUAGCCGAUGAACUGUGGUUUCUUCAAUUUGAAGAACAGAAGAAGACUGAUGAAUUUCAACGCAACAAUUUACUGCUAGAAGAUGAAGCUGUCUUAUGUGGUUUGAAAAAGAAGAAGUUAAACGAAGCGCUUUCGCAUGUUGAUUAUGAAAAUAUAUCUGAGGAAAAAAUCUACGACAAUAUGAUCACAGAGGAAAACCCAAAAACGCGCAAUCUAAGCACAGGCAGUAGCAGCAGUAGUGAGGACGAGGAACUAGCAGGCAUGAUUUCAAGAGAGUUCUUCUGCAAUCACUAAUAUAAAGUGCAAACCAUUUAUGUGCAUUUUUGAAUACUUUUACAAUUGUACAUAUGUCAACCAAUGGCGUCCCUUAUGUCGUCAUCGUAAAUCUAGAAUUAAUACAGUCUGUGCCAUAUUUACCUAUUUUGAAAACCACUGUACAUGUUAUGAUUUUCGGAUCGAAUUUGUCGAUCCAGUGUUCAAGGUUAUAAUCUAAAUUCGAUCGAAAAAAUAGCAGCUCGUUUUAAAAUUAGUAACAAAAAAAGGGAAUCUGAAAAAGCUUAAAUUUGUAGUACUGUAUGCAAUCUCAUUGAUUAAGGUCAGUUGAUUGAGGCUGGACUAUAUCGUGCGAAGUGAAUCAAAAGAAAUUUCCAAAAUACAUAUCAAAGGAUUUUUUUACAAAACGAACACGAACAUCCAAAAUAGGUACUUAUUACGAAACUUUCGGAUUUGCAAUUCCUUCACUUACAGUCUUUACAGCGUACAUUUAUUUUUUACUCGUUUCCUUACAUUCGCGUUAAUUACAUUAAAAAAUGGCAAUGCCAAACUUACGUCCUGUGAAAAGUAAUGCAAACACUAUAAUUUUAUCGUCAAUAAGGCGUCAGCAAACUGUACAGAAUGUUUUAAAUUCGAAGUUUUCCUGUCGAACAUUUAUGUAUAUAAAAAUUUUCAACAAACUCGAAGUCUUGAUAUUUGUUUUCAGCUAGAAAUACGUACGAACAUAGAA